GCCGCGGUAGGCGUGGGCUCCGUGCCCGGCCGCGUCAUGGAGCUGGCGGGCUGGGUGAUCGGCGGCGAGUUUGAGGACUCGGUGUUCGAAGAGGGGCCCGAACGGCGGCCCGGGCCCCCGGCGCCCUACGGCGCCAAGCGCUGCGAGCCGCAGUGGUUUGAUGAAGAAACAGAGAGCAGUGAUGAUGUGGAAAUCCUCACUGUGAAGAAAUUCAGAGGGGAUUUGGCCUACAGACGCCAGGAGUAUCAGAAAGCACUGCAGGAAUAUUCUACCAUCUCUGAAAAGUUGUCACAUACUAACUUUGCCAUGAGAAGGGACGUCCAGGAAGGUCAGGCUCGCUGUCUGGCUCACCUGGGAAGGCACUUGGAAGCUCUGGAGAUCGCUACAAACUUGGAAAAUAAAGCGACCAACAUAGACCACUUGACCUCUGUGCUGUACCUCCAGUUUGGUAUUUGUUCCAGUUGGCCAAACUUGGAGAAAACUGUCUCCUGCCUGCAGAAGCUGAUUGCUGUGCAUCCAUUUAAUCCUUGGGCCUGGGGCAAGUUGGCAGAGGCCUACCUGAGUCUGGGGCCAGCUCUUUCGGCAUCAUUUGGGUCACCUCAGGGACAGAACAGUUUCACCUCCAGUGACAGAACUAUCACAUCCACCUUUCCACCUUCAGGAAGAGACUGUCUUUUGUGUUUUCCUGAAACCUUGCCUGAGAGCUCUGUAUUCUCCAUGGAAACCAGAAGCAGUAAUAGCCAGAAACAUGAGAAGACUCUGAAAAGUAUUCCAGGCUGUGUGGCAGAAAAGAGAGGGACCCCGUUGCCAGAGACUCAGUUGAAAGCAUGCGCCUCUUUGAUUCGAGCCAGGCUUUUGCUUCAGCUCAGCCAGUCUCAGCAGACGUCAUUUGCUUUGGAGAAGAACUUAAGGACUCAGCAGGAAAUUGAAGACAAAAUGAGAGAGUUCCACUUCCAGGAGGACACGUUGCUGCGCAUCGCUGAGGACUUCCAUCUGCUCCGCAUGGUGUCAAUGCUCAGCACAUCCGAAGCAGCCUUCAUGGUAGCCCCUACAGCAUGCUCGGGGCAGCGCUGCGCCCACUUGGAGCUGCCCUUCGGUGAGAGUGGCUGCGGGGUGCUCAGAUGGACGGUCAAGGAAAGGUCUGCCCAGCUGACUCUGCGCCCUUGGUGUGGCUGGCGUUGA